GAUUAGGCAGCCAUCAAUCUCCUGUUUCUCCCAGAACAGGUGAUGCUUCUAAAUUGUGACCACUUUGUGGAAACAGCACUGCAGCUGGAAGAAUGCGAACAACCUAGGGCACGGGGCCUGGGGCGGCAUAUCUGAACUUGCGCGGGAGAAAACCCCAAACUCGGGCUCCAUCAGCCCGCACCGCGCGCGUGAAACCAAGGCCGGGUUGUUAUUAUUAUUCUUUAUUUUUUUUUUUCAAGAGAGACUCAAACUUCAGCACUUGAUCCCUUUUCUUGGAUUGCUUUCAAGGAGACGGCUUGGUGGCAGCGUUGGGAGCAGUCGUGACUGUGUUGUAACUCUUAAUUUUAAAGAGACAGUAGAGGAUCAGACUUUGUAAAUGUUUGGGAUUCAAGAUACUUUAGGACGAGGACCAGCUCUGAAAGAGAAAUCGCUGGGCGCGGAGAUGGAUUCGGUGCGGUCCUGGGUCCGGAACGUCGGCGUGGUGGACGCCAAUGUCGCGGCGCAGAGCGGGGUUGCCCUGUCCCGGGCCCACUUUGAGAAGCAGCCUCCCUCUAACCUGAGGAAGUCCAACUUCUUCCAUUUCGUCCUGGCGCUGUACGACAGGCAGGGGCAGCCGGUGGAGAUCGAGCGCACGGCCUUCGUGGACUUUGUGGAAAACGACAAAGAGCAAGGCAACGAGAAAACCAACAACGGCACCCACUACAAGUUACAGCUGCUCUACAGCAACGGCGUCCGCACGGAGCAGGACCUCUACGUCAGGCUCAUCGACUCCGUCACCAAGCAGCCCAUAGCCUACGAGGGCCAGAAUAAGAAUCCGGAAAUGUGCCGAGUUCUCCUGACGCACGAAGUCAUGUGCAGUCGAUGCUGUGAAAAGAAAAGCUGUGGAAACAGAAACGAGACGCCCUCGGACCCUGUGAUCAUUGACAGAUUCUUUUUAAAAUUUUUCCUCAAGUGCAAUCAGAAUUGUUUGAAAACAGCAGGAAACCCAAGGGACAUGAGACGGUUUCAGGUUGUGUUGUCAACAACAGUCAAUGUGGAUGGACAUGUGCUGGCUGUUUCUGACAACAUGUUUGUUCACAACAACUCCAAGCAUGGACGGAGAGCAAGAAGACUUGACCCAUCGGAAGCCACCCCCUGCAUCAAAGCCAUUAGCCCAAGUGAAGGCUGGACCACAGGAGGAGCCAUGGUCAUCAUUAUCGGGGACAACUUUUUUGAUGGCCUCCAAGUAGUGUUUGGAACCAUGCUUGUAUGGAGUGAGCUAAUAACCCCUCAUGCCAUCCGAGUGCAGACUCCUCCUCGGCACAUCCCUGGAGUAGUAGAAGUGACAUUAUCUUACAAAUCCAAACAGUUCUGCAAAGGAGCCCCAGGAAGGUUUAUUUACACAGCUUUAAAUGAACCGACCAUUGACUAUGGCUUCCAGAGACUGCAGAAAGUCAUCCCAAGGCAUCCUGGAGACCCGGAGAGAUUAGCUAAGGAAAUGCUGUUGAAAAGAGCUGCAGAUCUGGUGGAAGCUCUUUAUGGCACACCACACAAUAACCAGGAUAUCAUUUUGAAGCGAGCUGCAGACAUUGCUGAAGCCCUCUACAGUGUCCCUAGGAAUCCUGGUCAGAUUCCAGCUCUCUCCAGCUCCCCAGCUCACAGUGGCAUGAUGGGAAUCAAUUCCUAUGGCAGCCAGCUUGGGGUCAGCAUCUCAGAGUCAACUCAAGGAAAUAAUCAAGGAUACAUCCGCAACACAAGCAGCAUCUCUCCCCGGGGAUACUCUUCGAGCUCUACACCUCAGCAGUCGAACUACAGUACCUCCAGCAAUAGUAUGAAUGGCUACAGCAACGUCCCCAUGGCCAAUCUGGGCGUUCCAGGGUCACCAGGCUUUCUCAACGGCUCACCCACAGGCUCCCCUUACGGAAUCAUGGCGUCGAGUCCCACCGUUGGAUCCUCCAGCACGUCCUCCAUCCUCCCGUUUUCCUCUUCAGUUUUUCCUGCUGUCAAGCAGAAGAGUGCCUUCGCCCCUGUCAUCAGGCCCCAAGGCUCCCCCUCGCCAGCCUGCUCCAGUGGCAAUGGAAAUGGAUUCAGAGCCAUGACCGGACUUGUCGUACCCCCAAUGUAAAGAAGAGGAAGAGCUGCUUUCCUAUAGCACAAACGACUUACUCUGAUGGACCAAUAAAGAGAAAGCACUAUGAGCUCUUUGGGAGAAAUACGCCCCAAAUGAACAUGCUGGGCAGAUCUGGGUGUACAAGGAGCUGGCAUCUUACUUGGUCUCACUUUCCUCCUGUAGCGCUGAUGGCAGCUACACAAACUGGCCCUCUUGGGGACAAGGACAAAUGAUGUCAUUGGCGUGGUCAGUGCUAAGAGCAGAAAUGCAAUUCUUUGUUAUGAACAUUAUGAAAACCACCUUCCUAUGUUUGUAAAAUAUUUAAGAAAAAAAUUGGCAAACAAUUCAUGCUUAAUAUUUUGGAUACUAUUUGUUUUUCUUUGUAGGAAAAAAAAGUUGAAAGUUUCUAUUUUCUAUGAAGCCUUUCAGAUACCAAUUUAGUUUAUGCAGAAAAAAAAUUGAACAAAACAGGGUACCAGCAUGGAAGACUUUCUUAAAACGAAACCUGAAUUGAAUGAUGAAAUGUUGUAUGUGUGUUUGCUUAUAGUUUAAUCUCUUUAAAAAAAAAAACAAAAAAGGGAAAAAUUUUAAAAUGUUUUACAAUUAUUUAAAUAAAUAAAUGUGUAACUUAUUGUAAGUAGAGGUAGCAAUUAAGAUCCUUUUUUGGAAGAGAGAGAAAUUUCUCUUCCUGAUGUAAAAUGAAAAUGAUGCAAACAUGUAGUAACAAGUUUUAAAGGUGUGUGAUUAUUACUGCAGUUAUUAACUAGACUAUUACUCCCCAUCCUGCAGCCCCUCUUUUUCCAUCAUUUUAUUGACCCAUGGGCAAGAACAUGUGUCUAAUGUAGAUUCCUACAGAAUAACCCAGUAUAGACACAAAGACUCAAAUACAUGUGCAUACACAAAUACUCAAGCCCAUCAAUUCAUUCCCAGCUCCGUCUGCUUUCUCAAUAGUAUACAUGUGUCUCUUUUGGUGUUCACUCUUUGUGAAUUUUUUUUUUAAUUCAGAUUAGCUUUCAACAUUCUCCUCUGAGCAAUGAAGAGAAUUUCCAUGUUUACUGUGUCUCAGGCUUCAAGCACCCCAAGGAAAGAAGUAGCUCACCCUCAAAAAAAGGCCAAAGCCACGUAACGUUCUUACCCAAGUUGCUCCUUUGGAAUUCUUUCUUGCCAGAGCCACAUACUCCCUCUGCUUUGCUUACCUGGUUCAGCACAGAGGUAUAAAACCCUACAGAAAUUCUCAAACAGGAUUUGCAAAACGGACUUUGGGUUUUUGUUGUUGUUGUUGUUGUCAUUGUUGUUUUGUUUUGACUCCUAUGAGUCAGUCUGGGAAUAUCCAAGUCCUUUCCUAUCUCUGUAAAUUUCUCUUUCAAGGAAUCAAGCUCUCUUGAAAAAAAAAAAAAAUAUAUAUAUAUAUAUAUAUACCCUGCUUGAUGCUAUUCCCAGGUAAGAAUGGGAUGGGGUGGAGUGUGGAAGAGGAAUGUUGAAAACUUGUAACUCUCUCCUUACAUUUAAAGAAAUGAAAAUUCAGAAUCUUGGGAGGUUCAGACAUUAGAGUCAUCUGGGUUCUAAACCAUGCGGGUACCCAGCCCUCCAAUGGGUUCACCAUGCUCUAUGACUAAUUCUUAGUGAGAGAAACCUUGCAGUAGAGUAGGCCUAUGUGGUCCUGGAGAUGUGCCCAGACUUACUUGGAUUGCCAACAAGAAUGUCAUUUUUGCCCCAAGUCAGGGUUCUCCUUGUUGACUCUUGGCCCCACAGUCAGGUCUACACACAGGCUUCCAUUUGGGGUUCUUGGUUUGGGUUCUAACAUUAGAAAUCGGUGCAGCUUUCAUGGAGAAGCAUCAUUAGUGCAUCUGAGCCAGUUUUAGAUGAUUACAUCCCUUCUGUCUGCCCCACUGAUUCAUGCCCACACCUGCCCAGCCCCCAGCAGUCUUACUUGCCCUCAGUCCAUUCUAGAAUCACCCAAUAUGACUCAUAUAUUUCUAUGCACAUGAGAAUCCAAGGUUUUAGAAACCUGGCAUGCUUAUAGCUAUUACUGAUAGUCCAUCAUAGUCAGGGCCUAAAGAGCCAAAAUACGUGGAAACACAAGAACAAGUUCCCCACUGCAAAAUCUGAGAGAAGGGGACGAGUGUGUGAAAUACAAACAUUGUCAUCCAAAAAUGAAGGCAGAACAAAAUUAAGCAUGUUUAGACCUGGAUUUGAGCCAAUUCAACAUAAGGAAAUUUUUUUUUUUUAAGUAGCAUUGCUUUUAGAACCUGUGAAUUUUGCUCUUGCAUGAAGAUGAGUGCAGUACUGUCUUCAAAAUGAUUGUAGAAUUUGUUGGUAGCUUUACACCGAAAAAUGUGUGUAACUAAAUACCAGACCUCCUUGACCAUUCAGCUAGAACCUUGGCAGCAGCAGAUCUAUUUAAUUGUACAAAUGUGUGUAAGGACUAUUUUUAGUGUACUAAUAAAUUAAAAACAAAAUGACCCUGUCCUCUUUAGUCAUUGCUGUUGAACCAUUCUGGUCCCAGGUUAUUUUUGUGCCACUUGGAAUAUGAGUAUUUCUAUAGGUAACUACACAUCCUAUCCUAGCUUUGUAAGAGGAGCUGUGUAUGAUUUUUCAUUUAAAGGGACAAUUUACUUCACUAUUUAUCUCAUUUUUUGUUAUCGCGUUGUAGUUUUUCCCAGUUUUUCUUUGCACAUUUCAAUAUGCAUGGUUUAAAAACCAUUAUCUUCUCUACCUUUUGUACAGUAAGAUCUCAUUUUCAAACUGUAUAGUUUCAUUUUAUUGUUUUGCUUUGUCAGUUAUAUACAGUAUAAAGUUGCUAUGCACAGAGCUUUUUGUAAAGACAGCUUUUUUGUUUACUGUUUUUAAUGGUCUUACUUAUGAAAGAAUAUCUUGUUUGUAAAAUGAAUAUGUCUACUUCAGUUUUAAACUUUAAAUUAUCCUAACGAAAAAAUAAAAUUUUUGUACUGUAAAAAUGA